UCUCGCAGAGCCAGGAUGAAUCUCCUGCCUGUUUCCCCUCUCCUCCUGCUUCUUCUGACAACACUGGAAGCCAGACCAAAACCUGCAGCACCGAAGUGCAGGACAGGUCCCCUGGACAUCGUGUUUGUGAUCGACAGCUCCCGCAGCGUGCGCCCCUUCGAGUUCGAGACCAUGCGGCGGUUCAUGAUGGACAUCAUCGGCAAUCUGGACGUGGGCCCCAACGCCACGCGGGUGGGGGUGAUCCAGUACUCCAGCCAGGUGCAGAACAUCUUCUCCCUCAAGACCUUCUUCACGCGGGCAGACAUGGAGAGGGCCAUCAACAGCAUCAUCCCGCUGGCCCAGGGCACCAUGACGGGGCUGGCCAUCCAGUACGCCAUGAACGUGGCCUUCAGCACGCAGGAGGGCGCGCGCCCUCUGCACAAGAGGAUCCCCCGCAUCGCCGUCAUCGUGACGGACGGGCGGCCCCAGGACCGUGUCACCGAGGUGGCCGCCCAGGCCCGGAACGCUGGCAUCGAGAUCUACGCCGUGGGAAUCCAGAGGGCAGACAUGAACUCUCUGCGGGCCAUGGCCUCCCCACCGCUGGAGGAGCACGUCUUCCUGGUGGAGUCCUUUGAGCUCAUCCAGCAGUUUGCCAAGCAGUUCCAGGACAAGCUUUGUGGGGUGGACAUGUGUGUGGAGCAGGAGCAUGGCUGCCAGCAGAGCUGCAUCAGCAUCCCUGGCUCCUUCUACUGCGAGUGCAACCCAGGCUACAGGCUCAACGUGGAUGGAAAGACCUGCUCCCCCAUCGAUGCGUGUGCAGAUGGGAGGCACGGCUGCCAGCACCACUGUGUCAGCGUGCGGGGCUCGUACUCGUGCCGCUGCCGGGCAGGUUACUACCUCAGCCACAACAAGAGGAGCUGCACUAUGAUUGAUUACUGCAGCUUCGGAAACCACAGCUGCCAGCACGAGUGCGUGAGCAUCCCCAAUGGGCACUACUGCCGCUGCCGCAGCGGCUUCACGCUCCAGCCCGACAGCAAGUCCUGCAGGGCCACCGACCUCUGCAACGGGGUGGAUCACGGCUGUGAGUUCAAGUGCGUGAGCACAGAGGGCUCCUACCACUGUGUGUGCCCUGAGGGCCAGCAGCUCCAGCCUGAUGGCAAGACAUGCAGCAAGUGUGGAGCUGGCCAUGUCGACCUUGUGAUGGUGAUCGAUGGUUCCAAGAGUGUCCGGCCCCAGAACUUUGAGCUGGUGAAGCAGUUUGUGAACCGUAUCGUGGACCUGCUGGAGGUGUCCCCCCACGGCACACGGGUGGGGCUGGUGCAGUACUCCAGCCAUGUGCGCACUGAGUUCCCCCUCAACAAGUACCACAGUGCAGAUGAGAUCAAGAAGGCGGUGAUGGAUGUGGAGUACAUGGAGAAAGGCACCAUGACAGGCCUUGCCCUCAAGCACAUGGUGGAGCACAGCUUCUCUGAGCUGGAAGGUGCCAGGCCUCUCUCCCACAACAUCCCCAGAAUCGGGCUGGUCUUCACAGAUGGGCGCUCCCAGGAUGACAUCUCUGAAUGGGCCAGGAGAGCAAAGGAAUCAGGGAUUGUCAUGUUUGCCGUGGGUGUUGGAAAAGCUGUGGAAGAAGAGCUGAGAGCAAUUGCCUCCGAGCCAGUGGAGCAGCACUUCUCCUAUUCAGCAGACUUCACCACCAUGACCCACCUUGUGGAGAGCUUCUCCCUGAAUAUCUGCCCAGAGGAGGGCAAAGGGGAGACCGAGAUCCGCAGCCCAUGUGAGUGCGAGGCGCUGGUGCAGUUCCAGACGAACACCGUGGCCAUCCUGCAGAGCCUGACUGAGAAAAUUGCUCAGAUGACAGCCAGACUUGAAGACUUGGAAAAGCAGAUUGCCAACAAGAAGUGA